AUGUCUUGUCCCAUCUCAACAUUGUCCUCCUAUCAAGCACAUGUGGAGUAUUUUAUUACACCUUCUUAUCCCCAAGAUGUCGUCUUAAUCUUAAUGACUUUGGCACUUACUGAGCUUUCUGCUUACACUUUCGUUUUGUUUUGUGCUAUGCGCCAGUUAAUCAGUUCGGAGACUUUUGCUUACUUGCACUGUAUACUUUGCAUCCAUAAAAGUGCAGUUGCACUACAAUGUUCUAAUGUAAAUAAAUUCCAAGCAGCACUAAAACUGACGCUGAUUUAUUUGCUUAGUAAAUUAUUAGUUAAUCACCAACCUGAUGUUGAAAGCGGCACAAUGAAUAGUUGA